AAACGGUAUCACUAUGCGUUGUCUGUGGGUAAGUGUUGAUAUUUUAAAUGCAAUUAUUUCCUACAAUUUUGAAGGCGAACUUUACGAGCUGCACGUGAAAGCAGCACGGCCGUUUAGGAAAGCAGCAGCGGGGCUUCGCAGCCAGUGUGGCAGCUGGGAAUGUGAGGGUUUCAGCACAGGCUGCUAUUUCAGGACUGGAAACAGUAGCAGGGCUGGCCGGGGAGGGACAGGCUCUGCCCACAACUUUACUCUAGCCAACACACUGGCUUAAUCUCAAGUCCAAACGGAGGGGAGAAGCUGCUGUUUCCCGCCUGGGGUGUCCGUGUUCUCGGACCGCGGCAGAUGGUCAGCGGACAGCCGUUGGUGGUGGCUCACUGCUGGGCUGAAUGCUAGAGGGAACCAGCCGGUGCACCGCGCUUCUCCUUCUUUAUCUCCCCCCGGUCGCUGAUACGUCCCAGUGAAGUGUCACUCGUUGGUCCAGUACAACCUGAAUGUUUCCCGGCGUGAGUAGCUCGGUUAAAUGUGUAUGUUUCGCCGCUAACCAAACCAAACACGGUAACAUCAUCAACAACAAAAACAGCAACGAUGGAGUGAAAUCUGCGGCGGAGGGGGCGAGCGACACACAACCUGCCGCGAUUUCCUGCGCGUGAAUAAAUAAAUGAUAGAGGAUACAAUGACCCUGCUGUCUCUAUUAGGUCGGAUCAUGCGUUAUUUUCUGCUCAGACCGGAGACCUUGUUCUUGCUGUGCAUCAGCCUGGCUCUGUGGAGUUACUUCUUCCACACGGACGAAGUGAAGACCAUCGUCAAGUCCAGCCGAGAUGCGGUCAAGAUGGUCAAGGGGAAAGUGGCGGAGAUGAUGCAGAACGAGCGCUUCGGUGGGCUGGACGUCCUGGACGCGGAGUUCUCCAAGACCUGGGAGUUCAAGAGUAACAACGUGGCCGUGUACUCCAUCCAAGGCCGGCGAGAUCACAUGGAGGACAGGUUCGAGGUGCUCACCGACAUCGUCAACAAGAGUCACCCGUCAAUCUUUGGGGUUUUUGAUGGCCACGGAGGAGAGGCUGCUGCUGAGUUUGCUAAGACCCACCUGCCAGAGGCUCUGCGCCAGCAGCUACUGACCUAUGAACGGGAGAAAGAGCGAGACAGGGAAAAAGACAAGGAGAAAGAUGAAAAAAGGGAGAGGAUAAGCCUCUCCUACCCCUCCAUCCUGGAGCAGCAGAUACUGACGCUGGACAGAGAAAUACUGGAAAAGCUCUCUGCCGCUUACAACGAAGCAGGAACUACAUGUCUGGUGGCCCUGCUGUCUGAUAAGGAGCUGACAGUGGCUAAUGUUGGAGACUCACGCGGAGUUCUUUGCGAUAAAGACGGCAAUGCCAUUCCUCUAUCACACGACCACAAACCUUACCAGCUCAAGGAGCGUAAGAGGAUCAAGAAGGCCGGCGGUUUCAUCAGUUUCAAUGGCUCGUGGCGCGUCCAGGGCAUCCUGGCCAUGUCCCGCUCUCUGGGCGAUUAUCCUCUGAAAAACCUCAACGUGGUCAUUCCCGAUCCCGACGUCAUGUCCUUUGACCUGAACAAGCUGCAGCCCGAGUUCAUGAUCCUGGCGUCGGACGGCCUGUGGGACACCUUCAGCAACGAGGAGGCGGUUCGCUUCAUCAGGGAACGACUGGACGAGCCGCACUUUGGCGCCAAGAGCAUCGUCCUUCAGUCCUUCUACCGCGGUUGCCCUGACAACAUCACCGUCAUGGUGGUCAAGUUCAAAGGCAAGGCCAGCGAAAAGUAGACCGCACGUCUUCUGCGCACAGUAUCUAUUUUGUGUCUGAAUAUAAAUAAGAAUAUACUUAAGAUGAAAUAAGCGCUUUUUGAGCGAGAACUAUUUCUAUCACACAUAUUUACAGCAGUUUGUCCCUCAGUGCAUCCGACCCCCACCCCGUCAUGCCCCCCUCGCCUGCUUUACUUUGCGAUAAAAGUGACCCAAUAAAAAUGUCCUUCAUUUAGUCUUAGCCAUAUCUCUGAGGCACCGUAAAGCGAGCUGGAUCACUGUUAUGCAAAUAAUCUGAUUAAGCUUU